UCGUCCUCCGUGUUUUAGUAUGGCUGGUAGGCCCGUGUUGAAAGGUCUCUCUAAAUAAGGAAGUCCUGUCAUGGGAUUGUACUGUGACACAGACUGUCGGACAAUGUGAUGUUGAAGCAAUGACGCGCCAGUAAACUGCAGUUGUUACCUGUGCUACACGUGCAUCGGCGCAAUGGAAAGUGACUGUAGGAUUCCGAUGUCGUGUCUGAGACCCCGAAUCCUGGCCCUGCACGCCUUAUUCUGGGGUUUAGUUUCACUUAGAGUGUUUGGAGCAGCUCUUCUUGGUGAUGAGAAGGCCACAGUUGCGGUAACAAAGGCUGCGGCAGCUCCAUGUUGGCAGGUGGAAGAGUUUUUAGUGGCUAAAGAGUGCAGUGCAUGUGACGGCUUGCAAUGGAAAACUGUACCAGCUUGCGUCCAAACUGGAUAUGUAGAAAUGAUCAACUGCACUAAGUCUAACAAAGAUACGUUCAAAAGCUGUCGGUCCACAAAAAUGGAGGAGCACCUCUUCUGGAAGUUUGAAGGUACCAUGCUAGCUCUGACUGUCGUCUUUGCAAUAGUGGUGGUCGCUAGGCAAAGGUCACUUGACCGUCAAGCCUCAGACAAGGUUCGCAGACAAAUUGAAUCUAUAUAGUAGACUGAACUAUACUAAAAAACUAAAGGACAAAUGCCGGACAGGGGCCUGGUGUUAGAGACUCCUGGACAGGCUUCCAGAUUUGAACCACUGGUUUUUCUUCCUGGACACACAAAGGCAAAACUCUGAAUGAGUACACCCAGAUGUUGUUUCCCUGAUGCAGGAUUGAACUUUUUCUGAAAGCUUGUCAAGUGGGUUCAUUUAGACGUAAACAUUGUGAAUUCUUAUAGUGGAAUACACAUGACAUCUGCAAACAUUAUGCAAGAGUGGAAGUUCAAUCCCAGUUUUGUAAAAGAUUUAUGUUAAGCUCUGCAUACACCUGUUCUGUCAAACGCUGUGAAGGUGAUGUGCAUAUAGAGGCAAAAUGGGUGUGUGUUGCAUGUUUUGAAAACCUAAAGCACAUCAAGUAUUUUGUGAAAAUAAUAAUUCAUAUGAGCCCUAAAGCAAUUUUCUUUCACUAAAAGUUUGCUUCAUUAAAAAAGGUAAGUUCCAGUAAAUAUGAAAACCAUGUGAUACCAUUCACAGACGUCUGACAUACUCGUCCAUCUGUUGACAUUGGGAACCUUCAAGGAACCUUAUGAUAAUUGAAUCCUAAACAUGCAUUUGUUGUCUGUAAAAUCCUUUUUUCAGUGUUUUGAUGCUUUCUAAAAAGGUUUCAGGUUCCUGUUAUUAAAACAUUUAAAUUUUUCCUCAGUGGUGGUAUUUUACUUUGUUUUUGCUUUCUUGAUUUAAGUUGUUUUUUUGUAGACAAUUGUGUGGCCAGUGUCUGUUUAUAAAGCUCAUGUGAAAAAUACCAGCUCUGUUCCCGCAUCUGACCAACAUGUGCAAGACUGCAUUAUAGUGUACUUGAGAAGCUGCUUGACUUGUUUGAGUGAAAAGAUGUAUUAAAAUCAACCCAAAUUAACUUUUUUGAUCUUUUCCUGUAUUUUUUUUUUUACAGUUAAGUGUUGAUGUUGCAUGUGCUUAAAAUGAAUCUUAGUUCCUUGAGGAUGUUAUACACAGAUUUUUGUCAUUAUCGUUGCUUUUGGGUGAAGAACCAAGUUUCUAACUUUCAUGUAUACGGUUAUUUACAUUGAGUUGUUGAGCUUUUUUUUUUUUUUAUUCCCCCUUAGAAAGAAACAAUGUGAAUUCAGUAAGACCUUGUCUCAUAGUUUGUUUUAUUGAUCUAAAUUGUAAAAAGUGUAUUUUUAUAAAAGCUGUGUGACUCCCUUUCCUCUGUUAAACAUGAGGAGCAGGAAUAAAUUGCCGGAAAAUGA